AUGGCGUUAAGUGCCAAUAAAAACAAGAAUUGGAGAGCAAAUUAUUUACGUGCACUAAACAUCGUUACGCCGGACUUGUCUACAUCUAGGACACAGGGACGGCAUAUUCCGAGUGGAGAAGGUACUCGACGUAUUGCUGACCAACUAACAACGAAUGGACGUGCUGAAACGACCAUGAGUCGACGGCGUUCCACUCCAGUGACGGAUGAGGCGACACGUCGACCAACGAGUAGCAACAGUAAAAGAGGAUGGUUGGGUGUCUCAACAUCGACAUCGAUUUCAACCAGACAGAGUAGCAGCAUGUCCGGUUCGUCGUCUAGGAGCAAGCGAGGACCGACGUCUAUAAACGACAGGAUGUCGACGUAUGUGUUUGGAUUGCGUUCGCAUCGUUUUCGGACACGAAGACUUGCGCCUAGGAGUGACUGCUUGAUGGUGGAUCCUGUGUCGACGCCGAUAAUAGCUCCGACAGGUAUUUCAGUGGCAUCUCCGAUAGCGAUCCCGUCACGAACUGAAAAGCUGUUGGAUAGAGAUUUGGAAUCAAGUCGGCGGCGGAGAAGCUGUAACGACUUUCAGAACUCGACGUUUUCCAAGCAGCCUAUGGUGCAGCUGUUGUCGUGGGAGGAACCGUCCGUGAUGCUAGAAAAUGAUGGCUGGCCGCUAGAGAGUAGAAAACAAAGUUGCAGCAAUACCAGAAACGAUAUGCGCGCGGGGUGUGUCAUCCCGAUAAAUAGCAGUAAGUCGAGGACGUUGUUACGCCCGGGUAGUAUCGUUGAAGUGUGCGAGGAUACUGAAGAUGAACACGUAGACGAAUCAAUGAACUUAGAAGACGACGAUAAUCAUGGCAUAUUUAAGAUGGAGUUCGACGGCGACUCCAUCGGUGGUACUAAUGUAUUUAAAGCCAAGCAAAUGAGCAAUCACAGGCGGCGCACGGACCUGAAGCAGCGCCGGCCGGGUGGUCUUGAUGAUUUCGACCAUGAUGACGAAGAUGACGUGGUGACUCCACUCUCUGCUUCUUUUGUGCCACCGCACCAAAUGGUGGAUCAUGGGUGCUUUUCGCUAGGAUUGCGCGACAAGCUCAAGCGAAAGCCUGGUGCGUAUUGA